AUGGCUGAUCCACAUCGAAACAUUGAAAGAGAUAUUGAUCGAUUCGAUGAUAUUUUCCAUCAAUAUGGCGAUGAUAUGGAUGAAGAAGAAGAUUCAAAUGUUGAUUUUGAUAAUCUUUCUAUGAAUAUUGGUAAAGACAAUGAUAAUGAUGAUGACAAUACAGAUGUAUUUGAAAUUGAAAAAUUAAAUGAUGAAAAGAACAUUUUAGUUGAUCUGACUGCUGAAGUAGUAGAAGAAGAAGAACAUUUAUCUCAAAAAUUAAGUCAAUUAUCAGCUACUGAUA